AUGGAAACAGCGGCGAAAGAUGGAUGCAACCACGUCAUGCAAAAUGAUGAAAAUAAGCAGGUGAUUCAGUUGUGCGGGGUCCUUAAUUAUUCAUGGAAGUUUCACAUAAAAUUAAAAAUUUGCCUCCGUGUGCAGGAAUAUCUUGACUUUUCGGACGACUUUGUCUUCUGCUCGACCUGCCACAAUUUCUCGCCGUACCACAAAGAAGGCUACCUAGAAAAAAGGUGUUCAAAUUCCUGGUUCGGAUACUCCAAAAGAUGGUUCCUUCUGAAAAACAAAAAAUUAUAUUACUUCAAAAGCAAAGAAAGCUUGAGGCCGUCGGGAGUCCUCGAUCUAGAACUGAUCCACAUGGACAUUAACUACGAACAUGGGAUAAAACGGAAACGAAGUGGCGAAGACUGCUUUCUGUGUAACGCUAGAGAAAGCGAGCAUGCGAGGGAGGAACCUCCUGAAAAGAUAAAGUCACACUCGCAACAUUGCAUCGAAUCGAGGAUAUACAAGAACGACAGCAAAAAGGAGUCGCUCCUAAUUUUAACCCCCAGGAACACAGGUCUCAGCUUUUAUUUAAGGGGUGAAGACGCGGAAAUAUACGAGUGGUACAACUUGCUAAACAGUUCCAUGACGAGCAAUAAAAUUAUAAGUCAACCGAAUUUUAUUUUUUCGGAAAGUAACUUUUGGAAAAUCGACAGAAUAUCGGUUGAUGUAUUUGAGUCGAUUGCGGACACGGGCGACAUAGUCUUAUUCAGGUCAAACGUGGCUUCUGCGAAGCUGCAGAGGAUCAUAACGAGGGGCGAGUAUGAUCACAUCGGCAUGAUUCUCAGGAAUGAUAAAAAUGGCAUAUUCCUCCUGGAGGCCUUAUCCAACAUGGGAAUCAUCCUAACUCCCUGGGAGCUUUUUAGAAAGAACCGCUGGAACGAGGCCUACACCAGAAUUGCUCUGAGACGCCUGACCUGGGACAACUCUGAAAAAAAUCUUAAAAAGUUGCUACAUUUUCUUAAAAACACCAUAGGGAAAAAAUAUAACCUCAAGAUAAUUAAUUUUCUGGCCCCCAAAACUGAUGACGCCGGCUAUUUCUGCUCCGAGCUAAUAGGAGAAUGCUGGAAGAUAAUGGGUGUCAUUCCUGUAAACACCAAAUGCUCGUACAUCUGGCCGAGCAAUUUUUCCGAAAAGUUCGAAGAGAAAAUGAAGUUACAGGAAGGCUGCCAGCUAAAUAAUGAGCUAUGCAUAGACUUCACCCUGUGA